AUGCAGAAGUUCUCGAGGCUCGGCCGCCUGGGCCAGAGCCUUGCUUCGCGCAGGCAAUUGGCCACCGUCAGCGAUGCUCCCCUCUCUCGCAAGGUCGAGAUGACCAACUGGGAGAAAGGCCACUACAUCAACUACCAGAAGAUGAACGAGAACCUCGAGAUUGUUCGCGGCCGCUUGAACCGCCCGCUGACCUUUGCCGAGAAGAUCCUCUACUCCCACUUGGACGACCCCCACGGUCAAGAGAUUGAGCGCGGCUCCAGCUACCUCAAGCUCCGUCCCGACCGUGUAGCCUGCCAGGAUGCCACCGCCCAGAUGGCUAUUCUUCAAUUCAUGUCAGCUGGUCUGCCUUCCGUUGCCACCCCUACCACCGUCCACUGCGACCAUCUUAUCGAGGCCCAGGUUGGUGGUGAGAAGGAUUUGGAGCGCGCCAACGAGAUCAACAAGGAGGUCUACAACUUCUUGUCCACCUCUUGCGCAAAGUACAACAUCGGUUUCUGGAAGCCCGGCUCUGGUAUCAUUCACCAGAUCGUGCUUGAGAACUACGCUUUCCCUGGUGCUCUCCUCAUCGGUACCGACUCGCACACUCCCAACGCCGGUGGUCUGGGUAUGGCCGCCAUUGGUGUCGGUGGUGCUGACGCCGUCGAUGUCAUGGCUGGUCUUCCCUGGGAACUCAAGGCUCCCAAGGUCAUUGGUGUCAAGCUUACUGGCAAGCUUUCCGGCUGGACUGCUCCCAAGGACAUUAUCCUCAAGGUCGCUGGUAUCCUCACCGUCAAGGGUGGAACUGGUGCUAUCGUCGAAUACCACGGUCCUGGUACCGAGAGCCUGUCCUGCACUGGUAUGGCUACCAUCUGCAACAUGGGUGCUGAGAUUGGUGCCACCACCUCCCUCUUCCCCUUCAACGACCGCAUGUACGACUACCUUGCCGCCACCAAGCGCCGCGACAUUGGUGACUUCUCCCGCGAGUACGCUGCCCAGCUUCGUGAGGACGAGGGUGCCGAAUACGACGAGCUCAUCGAGAUCAACCUUGACGAGCUUGAGCCCCACAUCAACGGUCCCUUCACUCCCGAUCUAGCUACACCCAUCAGCAAGUUCAAGGAGGCUGUCAAGGCCAACAAAUGGCCCGAGGACCUCAAGGUCGGUCUCAUCGGUUCUUGCACCAACUCCUCGUAUGAGGACAUGACCCGUGCCGCCUCCAUCGCUGAAGACGCCAUGGCCCACGGCAUCAAGGCCAAGUCUCUCUUCACUGUCACCCCUGGUUCCGAGCAGAUUCGCGCCACCAUUGAGCGUGACGGUCAACUCAAGACUUUCGAGGAGUUUGGCGGUAUGGUCCUUGCUAACGCAUGCGGACCUUGCAUUGGUUCGUACUCCCCUCCCCAACCAGUCUUCGAAUACCUCCAGGCUACUGCUUCAUACUUAACUAUUGUACGUUUACUAACCUCGCUCGCUCGUAUAGGACAAUGGGAUCGUAAAGAUGUAAAGAAGGGCGAGGCCAACUCCAUCAUCUCAUCGUACAACCGUAACUUCACUGGCCGUAACGACGCCAACCCCGCCACCCACUCUUUCGUCACCUCCCCCGACCUCGUUGUCGCCAUGACCAUUGCUGGAACGCUUAACUUCAAUCCUUUGACAGACACUCUCAAGGGUGCUGAUGGUAAGGAGUUCAAGCUCAAGGAGCCUUCCGGCCUUGGUCUUCCCACCAACGGCUACGACCCAGGCCAGGACACUUACCAGGCUCCCCCCGAGGACCGCUCAUCUGUCUCGGUCGCUGUCUCUCCCACCUCCGACCGUCUUCAACUCCUCGAGCCAUUCAGCGCCUGGGAUGGUAAGGAUGCUAAGAACCUCCCUAUCCUGAUCAAGUGCCAGGGCAAGACCACUACCGAUCACAUCUCCAUGGCCGGUCCCUGGUUGAAGUACCGUGGACACUUGGACAACAUCUCCAACAACAUGUUGAUUGGUGCCAUCAACGCUGAGAACGGCGAGGCCAACAAGGUCAAGAACAUUCUCAACGGCGAGUACGGUGCCGUCCCCGACGUUGCCCGUGACUACAAGAAGAACGGCGUCCCAUGGGUAGUUGUAGGUGACUGGAACUACGGUGAGGGAUCUUCCCGUGAGCACGCUGCGCUCGAGCCCAGGCACUUGGGUGGCGCGGCCAUCAUCACCCGCUCUUUCGCUCGUAUCCACGAGACCAACUUGAAGAAGCAGGGUAUGCUUCCCCUUACCUUCUCCGACCCUGCCGACUACGACAAGAUCGGCCCCAACGACAAGGUUGACUUGGCCUCCACCGAGCUCGCCCCCGGCAAGCCUUUGACCAUGACAGUCCACCCUGCCGAUGGCAGCAAGGACUUCCAGAUCAAGCUUUCUCACACCUUCAACGAGGGCCAGAUUGAGUGGUUCAAGAACGGCAGCGCUCUUAACACCAUGGCCAAGAACGCUAAGCAGUAA